UUUUUUUCAUUCCAUUAUUGCUAAGUGCUUGUUCCAAGACAAUCCAAUCCUUUCUAAAGGCUCCUUCAGGAAAGUAGUCCUCUUACUAUACGAAGUUCUUUGAGAUGUUAUAUGUUAUGAAUUGGCACUAUAUACAUACAACUGAAUUGAUUUGAAUGUUCAUACUCUCUUCAUUGCAAGUCUACAAGAACAAAUGAACAGUAAUAAUAAUAAUAAUCAUAAUAAUAACAAUAAUAAUUGGUCAAUCACAUAGAUGCUAUCCAAUAUAUUUGGGCAUAAGGCUUUUUCAAAUGGGGUUUUGAAGAGGAGUGUUGUCCUAUAAGUUAAUUUUCACUUAUAAUAUGUUACAGUUACAUAUCGCUAAAAGGAAAACUGCCUGGUUGCUCAGACUCAAUAUGGACACACAGCUCAUUCUUGCCCCCUGGGACUCCUAUUAAAUAUGCAAAACAUUCCCAGUUACAAAUAUCUGAAAUAGGUCAUGUCAAACUGUUGACCCAGUUACACAGAUUGUCCCCAUAUUCACUGACUCUCAGGUCUUCUUUAGCAAACAUGAGUGACUUCACAAUAAAACCACCUCAGAGAGGGAAAGAUGACACAAAGCAUGCUAGUUAAUCAGUGGAGUUCGUGGGAAUAUUUCUGUGAAAUGUAAAGAUGACUGCCAUGGCAUAUAAGAAACACGCAGAUCAACUUUAUUCACUUUAUGGAUCUGGUGGGUGAACAUUUGUGCAUUUUAAGGUAACUUCAGUGUUUCCAGUUAGUCUCCGCCCCUCCUCACUGAGAGUGUAGUUGGCCAAAAACUUGCAUGAUACGACUCGACUGUGUGAAUUUUGGCUGCUUAUCUGCCACAGUUUGACAUACUUCAACACCUCUCAAGGUCUGAAUUUUAAGAGGUAUGGAUAUAUGAGAGAUACGGAUGCUUGUUGUGGGGAAAGCGUGCUUCAUUUGUGUUCCUGUAAAAGCAGUCCUACCGUCGUGCUCGGACUCUUCCCGCUAUUUUGUAGCUUAACUAGCAAAGCUAACCUAGCUAGCAAGCUAGCUGUUGUUUACUCAUAGUCAGCUUACUGGGAAGAGGCCGCCCACCUCCGAGCCACACUGACGGUGUUAGCCAGCUUCCACAAACGCUAGUGUGCCACGAAAGGCCGCUUCUGGUGCUUUCUCGUUAGCUGGAAAGCAGAGGUAUCCUUAGUUGUUGUACCAGUGGGGGUGUUAGCCGAGUUGCUAACAGUAAAGCUGAGCAGACGCAGUUGAGCGGAGAGGCUGCCUGCUGCCGUCCAGCCACAAACACACGAGCUUGUCCAUCAGAACAUACACAGCAUGGCUAAAAGUGAGCCAGAAGAGAUGAUCGAGAUUGAGAUUGAUGAACGGGAAAAACAGGCGUGCCUGGAGGAAGGUGUGGAGGAGCAGACAAUCACGGCAUCAGAUUUAAUUCAACAAGACAUUGACAUAAAUGAACCAAUUGGCAAUUUGAAGAAACUUUUGGAGCCUCGUAUCCAAAUCCCACUAGAUGCGUAUGAGAUCUGCUUGCAGGACAUUCAGCUUCACCCUGAUCACAGCCUUUUCGACCAGGGAGUCAAAACAGAUGGAACAGUGCAGCUCAGCCUGCAGAUUAUAACCAAACCAGGAGAGGAGAAGCUGAACAUUUUGGAAAUUGUGAAGCCAGUAGAAACGGUAGAAGUGGUGAUUGAUCCAGAUGCGGCAGGGGAAGAGGGUGCUCUGGUGGAGGAGGGACAGCUCAUUGCUGUAGAACGUUCUUCUCUGUCUGAUGAAACCUCGGAGCAAGUCACACGCUGGGCUGCAGCACUUGAAGGCUACCGCAAAGAGCAGGUCCGCCUGGGAAUACCAUACGACCCUGUGCUCUGGUCAGCUGAUCAGGUGAUCCACUGGGCUGUGUGGGUAAUGAAGGAGUUUAGCAUCGAUGAAAUGGAAAUAGGCAGCAUUCACAUCCCAGGUCAAGAGCUCUGCGCUUUCAGCCAAGAGGAGUUCCUUCAGAAAGUGAACAAUGGAGAGAUCCUGUGGAGUCACCUGGAACUGCUGCGCAAAUGUAAUUCAGAUGGAGGGGUUCUAGGUUUCAAUGUGUUAGCCAGCCAAGACCAGUCUGGAGGGGAUGCUACUGUCACUAUUGAUCAACCCGUGCAGAUAAUCCCGGCUCAAGUGAGCUCAUCCACUGCUAUAAAAGUGUUGAAGCAGAGCCGUGGCCCCAGAAUGCCUCGUAUUUCAGGAGAAGAACGCAGCUCACCUGGCAACCGCACAGGUAACAAUGGUCAGAUCCAGUUGUGGCAGUUCCUGCUAGAGCUGCUGACAGACAAGGAUGCAAGAGACUGCAUAUCCUGGGUGGGUGAGGAGGGAGAGUUCAAACUCAACCAGCCUGAGCUUGUGGCACAAAAGUGGGGCCUGCGCAAGAACAAGCCUACUAUGAACUACGAGAAGCUCAGUCGAGCCCUCAGGUAUUACUACGACGGGGACAUGAUAAGCAAGGUGCAGGGCAAGCGCUUUGUCUACAAGUUUGUGUGCGACCUGAGGACUCUGAUUGGCUACAGUGCUGCUGAGCUCAACAGCCUGGUGACCGAGUGCGAGCAGAAGAAACUGGCCCGCAUGCAGAUGCACGGCAUCGGGCAGCCCAUCACUACAGUGACCCUGGCCACCACAACACUAGAGAAGGACAGCUGAAGGAAGCCACCUUACAGCUGCCGCAGGCAAAGUGUGCCCUCCACAGCUGACUGGAAAUCAUGUGUCCCACCAGACACGGAAAUGCAAGCCUGAUCCCAGAUCAGUGUGGAUUAACAACUUUGUUAUUGUCUUUUACAGUUUGAUUCGAGUUAGACUGAGGCAGGUAAAGUUUUUUAGCUUUUCUGUAACGCUAACAGAGAAAAGCGUGUUCAGGAUGAUGGAAGAAUGUCUGCUUGUUGUGUGCAUGUGAUCGAAUGAAUGAGUGUGACUGGCAACCCAGUUCAGAGCUUUGUGUUCCUUGUCUGUAGUUUUGGAUCAUUUCCACUGUAUAUACCGGUACUUCAUGUUUUUGAUAGCCACAAGGGCAAGUGUAUUUUCAUAUUUUCCAUUUAUAGAACCUGUUUUGUAUUUUAUUUAGUGUUUGUUCCCUAAAUUGUUGGACCCUUUUUGUCCACUAGGGGGAAUAAAGUGGCAAGCAUAUUUCUUAAAA